AUGUGCGAAACUGUUACGGUAUAGAUUUUUUAAGAAGGCUCUUAGACGCGUGUGCGUUAUUUUGGAAUAUUUAGUAAUUCUUUCGCUCUUUCGCCUGCGAUCUCCGUGAAGUCUCUCGAAUAUCGGACUGACGAGAUUGAGCUUGUUCUUUGUGCUUUUUAAGGAAAAAAUUUUGCGUAACAACCGCAAUCAUAUGCAUAUAAAAACAUCAAAACAAGAUCACAGACACAGACUCUAACAGCUCACUUGGAAGAAUACCUCAAAGAGACAAGAGAUAGGGAAAAUGAGGAGCUUCGUUUCUUGGAAAACUGUCAUAAUUGUUGCGUUGUUGCUGAGAAUUUAUUUGGCCGAGGAAGUUAUUGCUGCGUUGGAACGCCCGGAAAAAACGAAGGAGCCUCAAAAAGCCAUAAGAUUUCUUAGCUCAAAGAAAUUAGGCGGCAACUUUGGUGGCAACAAGACCACCACGAUUUCCGAAACGAAAACCAUCAGCAACGGUUUCUUGAAAAAUGUCCCUUUUACAGUGUCCUUCGAUGAUCCCGAAGAAGAUCUCACCGACUUUAGCUACCAAACGAUUUGGCACAAUGGCUCGGUAACAUUUACAAAUUUCUCUGUUCAUGAUUUAGAUCGUUUCAACUCAGGUAACAGAUCUGAAACUCAACACGUGUUAGGAGAUGACUCAGUAAUUGGUGAGCCCGAACUUUUGUCCUCAUCUCUGGAGGAAAGUCAUCAAAACUUUUCCCGAACUUUUGAGCAACGUCGCUUCAAGAGAAUUAUCUUUGGGCGUGACGGUCGCAUUAGAUUAAACACCUCUACUCUCGCUCAGAAAUUUCCUUUUUCGCCAUAUGUCAAAAUUGCAGCAGGUUCUUUCGAAUGUUCAGGAUCACUGAUUUCUCCGUUUCACGUUCUGACGUCAGCGCACUGCGUUCACGAUGGUCAACGGCCGCUGACAGACAUGGCCAAUCUGAGAGUAGGAGUUCUGCGACGCAAUGGAAAAUUCCGUUGGAUUCGUGUGGUUAAAGUCAAUUUUCCGGAAAGCUGGCGCCGUAAUUCCGAUUCAUCAAACUUUGACUAUGCAGUAAUUAAGUUGAUUAAACCUCACAAACGACCCUUUUUCAAGCUCGGAGUGAUUAAUAGGGCAGGUCCACAAUACAAGAUUCACUUCGCAAGUUUUCCCGGUGACAAGAAAUCAAACACAAUGUGGUAUAGUCACUGUAAUACGCGGGCGAAUGCCAAUUUGCUAAUUUGUAGAUGCGACGCCGCUAGAGGAAGUUCGGGGGCUGGGACUUACGUUAGAACCAAGCUAAAGGGGUCUGGGAAAGACCGUGUGAUAGUAGGUGUUCUUUCGGGGUCUGGAAUCGUCAAGCUUCCCGACGGCAAGAAGCACUUUAAUUUUGUCACCAAGCUAACAACGUCAAAAGCGAGGCAGAUAUGUGGCUGGAUAGGAAGAGGCUCAAACUGCGUCACAUGGAAUUCGUUUGACGCUUCUAACCAAGCACGACUUCGAUCAGACCGUUAGAGGAAUGCAACUUCGCUGUCUUGGUUCCCAGGAUCUCUCUUCUUCUCACCGGAUUUGGCAAAGGAGAGACUGUAGAAAUGUGCGGAAGUCUGAAACUUCGCCAGAACAUUCUUACAGGCUGAGAAGGCAUGCAUAAAUGCCUCGAUAAAAACUAUGGGAUAAUCCUGUUUUCCUAGAUUUGUCUCCCUUUCCUCUUACUGGCCGCAAAAUGUUGUCGCGAAAAAAAUUUGAAGAGUACCUAUAACAAACUAAGGCAUUAAGACAGGAGCCGGCCCCGCUGUGAAUAAGAAUAACUAUGACAAUUUCUCAUAAUUUAUCAAGAAAUGUGAAGAAAAAAAGGGAUAUUUUCAACAUCCUGGAGGUGCGCAUUUGCAAUAAUUUCAUUAAAACAUCUUAUCCCUCACAAUCAGUAACGUGUUUUGGUUGUUUGUAGGCCAGAGGAUGAAGAAAACGGAGGGGAGGAGGUGGAGAGGUGGCAAAGGACUGAACCACCCACCCACCCGUACAUUUAAGGACUAUACUAAUCUCCUACCAAGAUCCUACUGUUUAACUGCGACUGAAAUGUAGAGACCUUACGACCGCUAGGCCGUGGAAGGUCUAGGUACGCGACGCUUGGCUGUGUAGGGUCUUGGCACGAGACUAAGACCAUACGUCCACUCAAAACAUUUCUUGUUACCUUCUACAUUAGAAGUGAUUUACAUUUCCAAGAUAAUCACACGCGCAUUUAGGAUAAGAGAAUUCUUUGGAAUAAAAGUGCUCUCUCCCGU